AUGAAUGGUUUAACCAUCAAGAUACAUAGCGAAGUAUGGAUUUAUAUCAAUCCGGACUUUGAGAUGCCUGCCAAUGGUGCCGCAGAACCAUCAGCAACCGAAGCAGCGGAUAAAACGAAAGCAUAUGGCAAGAGACUCCUCGAGCCGGAGAUGCCAGUGCAAGGAGCAGAAGAAACGGAGGCAACCUUCAGCCUUCGCCAAACAAAACGAUCGACCAGAAUGCAUUCCUCCGUUGAAAACGAAGUCGACGUUAGAGAGAUCCUUGUCAAACUCAAAAAGCGUCAUAUGCCGGACAUGGAGAAGGAACAAAACGCCAUCUUUGAUCAAUUGAUGGAGUUGAAAGCUGGCCCCAGCAACCAGAGGCAAAUCAACGCCUGGAUCAAGAGCUGGAUCACGCUCUAUAACAGAGCUGAGGAAUAUAAGGUCCAAGAUUGGCGACGAUGA